AUGGUUGAGAGGAAACCCCCGGUAGACGGAGAGGAGGUGCUCCACCUGGGGCUUAAGCCCCGGUUCAUUCUAAACCGCCUCCUGUACGAGGUAUUAUGUAGCGGCACUUUUCGACAGACCAUAAAAGAUGCAAAACGAAGGAAACGUAAAAUGAAAAUUCUGAUCGUGCUCUUGAUUGGGUUAUUAAGCUUUCUCCUUCGCCUCUUCUCAGUCAUCCGAAAUGAACCAAUCAUACAUGAGUACGAUCCAUACUUCAAUUAUAAGCUAACAAAUAUAUUGAAGGAAAACAAUUUCUACGACUAUUGGAAUUACUUCGAUGAAAACACCUGGUUCCCUCUUGGCCGAACAACAGGACAGACCCUCUUUCCUGGAUUGAUGGUCACGAGUUAUUUAAUUUAUAAGCUUUGUAACAUGUUUGGGUUCUUAAUAGAUAUAAAAAUUAUUUGCAUCUACAUUGGACCUUUAUUCAGUUUCUUCACAUGUUUAAUAACGUACUUUUUAACAAUAGAAAUAUAUCCUUCUGAAGGUGCAGGAUUACUAGGAGCUCUCUUUGUUUCUUUGUCUCCUUCCCAUGUGUCAAGGACAGUUGCAGGAUCGUAUGAUAAUGAAUCCAUUGCUAUAUUCUUACUACUUCUAUCCUUAUAUACCUGGAUUAAGUGUCUAAAGGAGGGGAGCCUGGUGUCAGCUCUUCUAUGCUCACUCAGUACCUACUACAUGGCGCUCUCCUGGGGUGCCUAUAUAUAUAUCACGAAUUCUAUAAGCUUAUACAUGCUAAUUAUUUUUUUGUUAAGAAGGUACACUUUGAAAAAUGUUAUAUCCUUUAAUGUGUAUUAUGUAUUAACAAGUAUCCUUUGUCUGAAUAUACCUUCCAUUGGAAAAUCCAUUUUUGUGAGCAUCGAGCAUCUGGGAACGCAUGCUAUUUUUGUGUUAACCAAUGUGUUACUCAUAGGGAGGCAUGUAAUUAUUUAUUUGAAAUUGGAUCAAGAGAAAUUUGAGCGUAAGUUUGUACAGAUUUGUUUUCUCUUUUUUUUUUUCAUUUUUAAAUUUUUCAUCUUUACAAAUAAGCUUUCAUGGAAUCAUAGAUCAAGAACCCUACUAGAUCCUACUUAUGCAUCUAAACACAACCCCAUCGUUGCAUCCAUUUCUGAACACCAGCCUACCACUUGGUCUUCCUACUUCUUUGACAUCCACCUUGUUCUAAUUUUUGUUCCCAUUGGACUCUACCAAUGUAUGAAGAAAGAAGCCCCCCUAGAAACCUUUUUCCUGGGCAUUUUUUCCAUCCUCUGUUUAUACUUCUCCGCCCUCAUGGUGAGACUGCUCUUGAUAUUUUCUCCCAUCGCGAGUGUGCUAAGCGGCAUAGGGUUGUCUUCCCUCCUGAGCUGCUAUGUGCGUUUCCUGCGAAUGCCUCUGAGGACCUACAGGGCGUCUCUACUCUUUGGAAGGGAGAUCUACACAGAUGAAGGUAACCACACUGAUGAAGGUAACCACACUGAUGAAGGUAACCACACUGAUGAAGGUAACCACACUGAUCAAGUCAGUCAUACGGACGAAGACAGUCAUACGGACGAAGACAGUCAUACGGACGAAGACAGUCAUACGGACGAAGACAGUCAUACGGACGAAGACAAUUACGCAGAUAAUGGAGAGUCCUCCUCCGAUGGGCAAGGUUGCAGCGGAAAACUGGCUUCCGAAGAGAAGGCGCACCGAGGAGAGGAAGGAAGCUACCCCGACGAAGAGAGCAAUUCCGCAAGUGAAGAUGUGAGUAACGUUGUGAGUGACGCCGGGAGUGAAUGCAUCAAUAGGACCAACAAGGCAUUAACCGAUCCACCCCCACAAAACCGCAUCAUCAAGCUUUCCUUCAACAGAACGGAGAAAACCCAGGUGUCUAUCCUCACAAGCCUGUGCAUCAUAACUCUCCUAGUCUACCUACUCAUUUUGAAUGUUCUGCAUGCCACAUGGUGCUCUUCCAUUGCCUACUCCGAAUCUAACAUAUCCUUUUAUAGCCGAAAUGAAAAGGGAGAGAGGUACAUCAAUGACGAUAUCAGGCAGAUGUACAAAUGGAUUCAACAAAACACAAAAAAAGAUUCAAGGAUAGUGGCAUGGUGGGAUUAUGGAUACCAAUUGAGUGUCAUGGCAGAUAGAGUAACCUACGUAGAUAACAACACAUGGAGUACUGCACAUAUUGCAACAGUUGGCUUGAUACUCAGUGUAAAUGAAAAACAAGCUUACGAAUAUUUGAAGGAGCUAGAUGCCAAUUAUGUCCUCGUCUCAUAUGGCGGAUAUUCAAAGAACUCCUCAGAUGAUCUCAACAAAUUUUUAUGGAUUCUAAAAAUUACUAACAAGGAAUUUAAGCAUAUAAAUCCACUUCUUUAUUAUUACCAUGAUAAGCAUCACCCCCUGGGAAAAAAUGCAACUUCCUUUAUGUCAAAUAGUUUCCUCUACAAGCUCUCUUACUUUAAGGUGUCGAAUGCAAAACACAGCGGGUACGACUAUAUAAGGAAGUUGGAGGUGCCGGAAGUAAAGGAGCUUAGAUACUUUGAGGAGGUAUUCACAUCCGAUGUAUGGGGGUUCCGUUUGUACAAGGUUAAGGAAGAUAUCUGA